AUGGGCUGCACACCAGCUGUACCAACGAUAAUUGAGCGCAAUAAGUUAAUGGAAAUUAACAAGUCUUCCACACUACCCGACGGUUUAGAUCCAAAUAAUUUUCGUACGAUUACACUGUCAAAAAUACGAGAAGUCAAUCACAAUACAAAAUUUUUUACAUUCAACUUCAAUGAUCCAAAAUCAGUAUUAAAUAUGAAAAUCUCAUCGUGUAUACUGUUCAAAGCAAAUAUCGGUGGAAAAGUUGUCUAUCGGCAGUACACACCAACCACACGACCUAACACUUGCGGUUAUCUCGAAGUUUUGAUCAAAUAUUAUCCCGCAGGUGUCAUGUCGAAGCAUAUACACAACAUGAAAACAGGAGAUCAAAUUGAGAUCAAAGGACCGAUUUUAAAAUACGAUUAUCAGUCAAAUAAAUUUAAAAACUUGGCACUAAUUGCUGGUGGUACAGGUGUUACUCCCAUGCUACAAAUGAUAGAAGAAAUUUUGUUCACUGCAGAUGAUAAGACAAAAGUGACACUGCUCUAUGCGAACACAAGUUUUGCUGAUAUUCUGAUUAAACACGAUCUCGAUAAAUUAGCACAAAAAUAUUCCCAUCAGUUUAAAUGUUACUAUACAAUUGAUAAAUAUGCCGAUACAGUGGAGGAAGAAGUAUGGACAGGAGAAAGAGGUCAUAUAACGACAAGUAUGCUUGAGAACUUGAUCCCAAUACCUCCUAGCGAUGAUGAUGAAAGCGUUAUGGCUAUGGUUUGUGGACCAUCUGGUUUUAUGGAAUUGAUAUGUGGUGAUAAGACACUUGAUUCUAAACAAGGUGAAGUCAGCGGCCUGUUGAAGCAAUUAGGUUUCACUGAGAAGAAUGUUUUCAAAUUCUGA